UUACCCUGGCUGUCCUGGAACGCAUUCUAUAGACCAGGCAGUCCUCGAACUCCCGGAGAUAGGUCUGCUUCUUCCUCCCCAAUGCUGGGACGAAAAGCGUGCGUCACCAUGCCUUGGCCCAGAAAGGUCAUAUUUUUGCUAACUGUGGAGUCUUGUCAGUUUACAGUCACAAAACUGUGUAUGGCACCUGCCACCUUUCUGUUCGGUAGUGGUAUGCAUAAUCGAUGAAUGAUGGGCAUAAAGGCAUGUUUUGAUAGGGAAACUUGGGAGAAACGGAAGCUAUUGAGUUGACAAGCCCCUUUUCACCGCAGGUGACUAGCAUGCAGAUAUUCGCACCCUGACUUGGUUUGGCUGCCUGACUACUGACAUGGCCCACCGGGGUGGGGAGAGGGACUUCCAGACUUCAGCUCGUCGGAUGGGUACCUCCCUGCUUUUCCAGCUUUCAGUGCAUGAGCGGGAACUGGACCUUGUUUUUCUGGAUCAUAGCUAUGCAAAACCGUGGAGUGCCCACCCAGAUGCCAGCAGCGCCCGCCCCACCCGCAUGCUCUUUGUAACUCCCCGUCGGCAGCAGGAGAAUACUAUUGAGUCAGACGUUCCAAUAGAUGUGGAGACUGUCACGGCAACUCCUGCUCCACUCUAUGACAAUCAGAAGGCAAGAAGUGUGAUGAACGAGUGUGAACGGCAUGUGAUCUUCGCCAGGACAGAUGCAGAUGCUCCUCCUCCACCAGAAGACUGGGAAGAGCACGUCAACAGGACUGGCUGGACAGUGGCUCAGAAUAAGCUGUUUAACAAGAUCCUCAAAGCCCUGCAGUCUGACCGGCUCGCACGAUUGGCCAAUGAAGGGGCUUGCAAUGAGCCUGUGCUGCGUCGUGUCGCUGUGGACAAGUGUGCAAGGAGGGUGCGGCAGGCACUGGCAAGUGUCAGCUGGGACACCAAGCUGAUCCAGUGGCUGCACACCACCCUUGUGGAGACCUUGAGCCUGCCCAUGCUAGCUGCUUACUUGGAUGCAUUGCAGACACUGAAAGGAAAGAUCCCAACUCUGAUAGACCGGAUGCUUGUGUCGUCCAACACCAAAACUGGGGCAGCAGGAGCCGAGGCCUUGUCACUUCUCCUCAAGAGGCCCUGGGACCCUGCUGUUGGUGUGCUUUCACAUAACAAACCAAGCAAACUCCCUGGUUCUCCUUUGAUUCUCAUCGCCUCCUCUGGUCCCUCCAGCUCUGUGUUCCCUGCCUCACGCCGCCACCGCUUCUGGCAGUCCCAGCUUUCCUGCUUAGGCAAGGUCAUCCCUGUAGCUACCCACCUGCUGAACAAUGGCAGUGGAGUAGGAGUUCUGCAGUGCCUUGAACACAUGACUGGGGCAGUGAGAAGCAAAGUGCUGGAGAUUCACAGCCAUUUCCCACACAAGCCCAUCAUCUUGAUUGGAUGGAGUACAGGAGCUUUGGUGGCCUGUCAUGUGUCUGUGAUGGAAUACGUCACUGCUGUUGUCUGCCUUGGGUUUCCUCUGCUUACUGUGGAUGGACCCCGGGGGGAUGUGGAUGACCCCCUCUUGGACAUGAAGACUCCAGUCCUCUUUGUCAUUGGUCAGAAUUCUCUACAGUGUCACCCUGAAGCCAUGGAGGACUUCCGGGAAAAGAUUCGAGCAGAAAAUAGCUUGGUGGUGGUUGGAGGAGCUGAUGAUAAUCUCAGAAUAAGCAAAGCAAAGAAGAAAUCAGAGGGCUUGACUCAAAGCAUGGUGGACAGGUGUAUUCAGGAUGAGAUUGUGGACUUCCUGACUGGAGUGCUCACUCGUGCUGAGGGUCACGUGGGCUCUGAGCCUCGGGAUCAGGAUGCUGAGAAGAAGAAGAAACCCCGGGACUUGGCCCGCAGAGACCUGGCCUUUGAGAUUCCUGAGCGAGGCAGUCGUCCUGCUUCCCCAGCUGCCAGGCUUCCCACAUCCCCCUCAGGCUCAGAGGAUCUCUCCAGUGUGUCCAGCAGCCCCACCUCUAGCCCUAAGACCAAAGGGACCACAGUGACCUCUGCCCAGAAGUCCAGUCAGAUUGGGACCUCCCAGCUGCUGAAAAGACAUGUGCAGAGGACGGAAGCUGUGCUGACCCACAGACAAGCCCAAGCACAGUUUGCUGCUUUUCUGAAACAAAACAUGCUGGUGAGGAAAGCUUUUCCUCCCGGCACCUCCUCCUGUCUCUUUGUUCCCAUUUCAUCAGAACCAGUGGAGGAGGUAGAGAAAGAAGAGCUUCGGGUCCAGCUGAAGAGGCACCAUCCUUCCAGUCCUCUUCCUGGCGCAAAGCCUUCUAAGCGACCGAAGAUCAAAGUGUCCCUGAUCUCCCAAGGGGACACAGUUGGGGGGCCUUGUACUCUUUCUCAAGGUGGAACUCCUGAAGCUGCUGGAGGGAAGCCCAUCACCAUGACUCUGGGAGCUUCAGCAGGAGCCAAGGAGCUCACUGGACUUCUCACUACAGCCAAGUCAAGUUCUUCUGAAGGUGGAGUUACAGCCAGCGCAGCACCAUCUGUGGCUUCCAGCAAUGCCACACCUAAUGCCAUCCACACGUUGCAGAGCCGAUUGGUGGCCACUUCUCCGGGCAGCUCCCUUCCAGGGGCCGCGUCAGCCAGCAGCCUCCUCCAAGGCCUCAGCUUCAGCCUGCAGGAUAUUAGCAGCAAGACCACUGGUCUCCCAGGGAGUCCCUCCCCAGGGCCAGCCCCACAGGCCACCAGUGUGAAAUUGCCAACCCCCAUGCAGAGCCUAGGUGCCAUCACCACAGGCACGAGCACCAUUGUCCGUACCAUUCCUGUGGCCACCACUCUUUCCUCCUUGGCUGCCACCCCUGGUGGGAAGCCCACUGCCAUCCACCAGCUGCUGACCAAUGGAGGCCUCGCUAAGUUGGCAAGCAGCCUACCUGGCUUGGCUCAAAUUUCCAACCAAGCAUCAGGCUUAAAGGUCCCCACCACCAUUACUCUGACACUCCGCGGCCAGCCAAGCAGAAUCACUACACUAAGCCCUAUGGGUUCAGGAGCAGCAGCAUCCGAGGAGCCCAACUCCCAGAUGCUGCCCUCUAGUUCACAGCGCCUGCCUCCAGCACCCUGAAUAUGCCAGCAAAAUGUCCUUACCAGGUUGGUGAUAGCUGCCUCAAGGUGAACCGUGUGGUCCUGCUGAGCCGGCUGAGUGAAGACAUCCCUAAGACAGCCAUUUUCAUCUCUCUACUAGCUGUCUUUGGAGCUGGGCCUCUGGCUCUUGAGAAAACAUUAGGCCAGGUGACAUAGGGCCAGAAGGUCUGGCCAUGUGUGGAUUGUUGGCAUUUCUACCCCAACACUGAUGUAAUUUGACCCCAGUGUCAGUAUAGAACGGCUCACUGCAGUCUCAUGAUGAAGGCAGGAAGAAGUGGCUGUCGGCUGCUGGCCCUUAAGACUUUCGGUGAGGGGUGGAGCAGCACAGGAAGUAGUUGGCAAGACAUGCCCGAGGACCCUAUGCUGCUGACAGCUUGGGCUUGGGGCUCUGUGUGACACGUGAGGGCCCAAGAUUAGCCAGAGAAAUGGAAUUUACCAAGUCAGAGGGAAACCCCGACUCCCUGAGAGUCCUGUCUGCUGCCUGGUGAUGGAGCAACUGACCAGCUACCGUGCUAUCUCUGCUCUUCCAGGAAGCUUGGGCAGAAGGACAGGGAAGGUUGUGCUUCAGAGUUUCCUUCUUAGAACUUGUCUUUCUGCUCAGAAGUAGGAAGGUUGUUGACUACUGUGCGAGGCUCUGGGCAGCCUGAGCCUUACAGAACCAUGGUCCUGUGAUGUGGACACUGAAGAUGGGGCAGUCUCCUUUCCUAGGACACUGCAGACGGAGCUUGGAGUUCGGCUUGUGUUCCCUUUCAUACUUAGAAAGUUUCCGUCAAGAUGAGAAGUAAAGCAACUCAAGUGUGAUUUGGUUCACGGGGCCAUAUACAGCUACACCAAAGCCCCCUCACCUGUAAUCUGAGUGGAUGCACAGUGUUGAGGAGCCCCGGGCAAGUCAGGUCAGAGACGUGUGGUAGGAGUAGAGAGGUCUCCAGACCUUGGCUCUGGAGCUGCACUCACAGUGGUUCAGAGUAGAGCUGUAUUCUGAGAUUCAGAAGGCGUCAGAGAGUGAAGAGGUACGAAACCUGGAUGAGGUGCCUAGUGCUGGGGCCUUGGUAGCUUCAUAGGCCAGAGCGUAGAACCACCAAGAGAGGAUAAGACUGGGGGCUCUGUGAACUUUGAGGGGUCAUUUCAGUUGGCAGAGGACCCUGAACAACCCUUUGUGACUUAGGAGGACAGCUUGAACAACACUGGAGGGGCUGCUCCUGAAAGAUGCUGCCCCUGUGUUCUGGAACCAAAGAAAGAUGCUGCCCCUGUGUGUCCUGCUUUGGUGGUUAAUCUGUGUGCAUCCCAUGGGUGACUUCUGAGGCAUGGCUUACAUACCUUGAAGAACUGCAACACUGAGGAGGGGAAGCUGCAGCACACUGAUCGUCACCUUUGAGGGACUGACCAACAAGGAAGUGGCUGGAGUCUGUA